AUGAAUCCGACAAUUAUGGCGACAUCGCUUGCGCCACCAAUGAAUACGGAGACUCUCUGCGUCGUCACUGCAGACGCUUUAUUUCUAUUGCAAUUCAUCGCUACCUUGUUGCCCAAGAAGCAGGAGAGCAGCUUCCAGCAAGCAUCACCCAUUAUCAUAUAUACGAAGCCCAGGCGUUUCUGCCUCUCAUACCAAAGAAGGGAGAAGAAGAAGAAGGCAAUGGCAGCGGCGGCAGGAGAAGUGAGGCUGAUCGGGGCGUGGCCGAGCCCGUACGUGCUGCGCCCGAGGGUCACCCUGAACCUGAAGGGGGUGGAGUACGAGUUCUUGGAGGUGAAGUUCGGGGAGAAGAGCGAGCUGCUUCUGAGAUCCAACCCUGUGUACAAGAAGAUCCCCGUCCUCCUCCACCACGACAAGCCCGUCUGCGAGUCGAUGAUCAUCGUGGAGUACGUCGACGGGGCCUGGGCUAAUUCCGGCCACGCCAUCUUGCCGGCCGACCCCUACGAGCGCGCCCUCCACCGCUUCUGGGCCGUCUACAUCGACGACAAGUGGUUCCCAUCAAUGGUCGGCAUCGGAAAGGCUGAAACAGAGGAGGCCAAGGCCGAAUCCGCGGAGCAAGCGCGGGCCGGGCUGAAGCUGCUCGAGGAGGCGUUCGAGAAGCUGAGCAAAGGCAAAGCCUUCUUCGGCGGGGACACCAUCGGCUACGUCGACAUCGUCCUCGGCGCCCACCUGGGGUGGGCGAAGGUGAUCGAGCAGAUGACCGGCCUCAAGUUGUUCGACGAGGAGAAGACGCCUCUGCUCGCGGUUUGGGCGGAGAGGUUCUGCAACCACGAGGCCGUGAAGGAGGUGAUGCCGGAGACGGAGAAGCUGAUGGAGUACGCCAAGAUCCGUCUGGGGAAAUAGGAGGAGUCUCCUGCGAAUUAUAGCCAAGGAAUCGUGGUGGUCACUUGGAGUUGCUUCAGGAUCUCGCCGUUGUGGUGAAAUCCGGAGAGAAUAAUGUGUUUGCUCAUGAUGUUGUGGCCUUUUUGUGUUUGCUCAUGAUGUUGUGUUGGUGAUCAAUAAAGGAUACCAUCGUGUUGGUUUCGAUGGGCGUUCUCCAAA